AUGAGCGAGGGGAGAUCGGGCGAGUUUCUUCUUGAUAUGGUGGAGAGGGGACAGGUGGAGCUCGCCGCUGAUUGGGCCAAGUACCUCGGCAGUGACACGUGUCGCGCGCUGAUUCGCGCGUGCAUGGAGAGGGAUCUGUACAAGGCGGCGUAUAAGGUGGUGGUGCGGUGCGAGAUGAAGGAGGAGUUUCCAAACGCGUGGACCGAGUACAGGAAGAGCUCGCUGCGUAAGCUAGCGGACAAGUGCAUGUGGGAGGUGGCGGAGUGCCUCGUGGGGGACGACCCAGACCUGCUCAACUACCUCGUGAGGCCACUGGGGCACGAGGGGCAGGGGGGGCAUGCGGGCACGGGGCCGCAGGAUCAGGGAGUCGCUCCAAUCCAAAGCUGUCCUGUAAAACCGCACUCGACCAAACUCCCUCUCCUCAUCACUGUCCCUCUUUGUCUCUCCAACCCUCUCCCCUCCCCACCGAUUCCCAAUCCCCUGGCCCCCUCUUUCCCAUCCUCUUCUGAACCCUUCCCACCCCUCUCCGUCCCUUCCCACCCCUCUUCGUCCCUUCCCAUCCCUCUCCAUCCCUUCCCACCCCUCCCCGUCUCUCCACAUCCCCCUCCGUCCCUCCCCACCCCUCUCCGUCCCUCCCCAUCCCUCUCCGUCCCUCCCCACCUCUCCCCACCUUUUCCCACCCGUUCCCACCCCCGCUGCAGUUGCAACUGGCAGUGGAGGCAGGCGAGGCGGAGUUUGCAUCGUCCCUCUGCGCCCAGCACAAUGUGCCCGUGCCGCCUGCUGUGCAAGGUGAGUGAGAGCGCGCCGCCUUUUGAGACGUCUCAAAAGUCGAGGCGGAGUUUGCAUCGUCCCUCUCUAGCCACGCGCCGCCAAGCCUUCCUCAUCGAUCUCAUCACCAUCACCGCCUCUCCACCCCUCUCCACCGCUCUCAACUCCGUUCUCCUCCACGUCUUCACCUCACCGCACAUCCUCAAGCUCGCCUACGGUGCAGCCAACGACCUACGUCUCCUCGCCCGCUCCCACCGCGCGGCCCUCCCAGCCAUCUCCACCUGCCACCCCGUUCUCGACCUCCAACCCCUCGUCUCCCUCCUCUGGCCGCUCUCCGGCCAGGACACCCCCAAGGGGGGCCUGAAGGGGGUGGUGCGGAGCGUGUUUGGGCGGCGCAUGAGCGCGCGCGUGCAGAUGAGCGACUGGGAGGCAAGGCCGCUGAGUGCAGCGCAGGUGGAGUAUGCGGGGUUGGAUGCGAUGGUGCUGCCGCACAUCCUCGAUCGGUGUGUGGCGGUGGCGAGGAGACAUGGUGCUGAGAGCGUGGUGGCUGCUUGUAAGCCUCACAGUCUAUUGCCCGUCUGCCCUUACCCGUCCCUCCUGCUUCUUCGUUCAAUCCCGUAUGCGCUCUCGCACUGCCCAUUGUUGUCCCUGCUUUCCCUGCUUUCCGUACUCUCCCUGCUUUCCCUGCUCUCCCUUCUCUCCCUUUUCCCCCUGCCAUCUUGUCCCUCUGCUCUGCUCAAGCAUCGUCUGCACAUGCCCUGUCAACAACUCUCAAUCUCACGCCCUCUCACACUCCCCUUUGUCCCCCCUUUCUCCCUCUCUCCUCCCUUUCUCCCUCUCGUCCCCCCUUCCCUGCAGAUUCACACUCCCCCCACUCCCUUCGGUGCAACUACAAUAAACCUCACCCUGACUCCAGGGAACGCCUAUGCCAUUUGGACCACCGACCAGGUGCAAGCAGCGAUUGCGGACGUCCGCAUUCAAGUGCCCAGACAGGUUCGGCCAGCGGCACCAGUAGGGGCAUUGCCUGGGUCAGCAGCAGGGGCGUUGGCAGAGGGGAGAGUGGCGGUGGUGAAGGGAGGAGAGGCAGGGGAGGAGCAUGAGAGGGAGCGGGAGGGGGAGGAGUGGGCGUGGGAGCGGUUCAUGGGGCUGCCAGCGGGAGCAGCAAAGGAGGCGGAGAACCGGGCGGCGUUUGCUGCACUGCAGGCACUGGUGGGGCGAGGUGAGGGGAGGGAAUGUGCACGUGUUCGUGCUUGUGCUUGGUAUGGUGCUGCUGUGAGGGCACGUGGUGCUGUAGGGUGGGGGAGCAUUGUCGUGCAGUGUCAUUGA